GAAAUAAAACGCCACCCUGCUACUUGAACGCUCUCAUUUCUCUGAGUCUACAACAACUGGUGAACAGCUGAAGACCGAGCUUAGACAGAUCCAAAACUAAGAAACUAAAGUCUAACUUUAGACAGAUAGGCGAAACUAAUCUGCUUGCCUUUUGGUAAAAGUGACAAAAAACAACAACAACAACAACAACAACCGUGCGCAAUUACGCAUAGAAAAGAACAAUGAGUGCCACGACCGCUAUGGAAGUGAACGUCGAAGCCAGACGGAUCCUGGCUGUGUCGAUAAGCAAGCUGUACGCUUCCAGGACCCAGAGAGGCGGACUGAGACUCCACCGGAGCCUUCUGCUCUCCAUGGUCAUGAGGUCUGCCCGGGACAUCUAUCACUCCUCCCGGGAGACCGAGGGGCAAACAUCGGAGGAGCCGAUGGAGACCAGCUCCAGCCCGGUGGAACAAACUGUGUUACCCGAGCCUCAGUCUGAGCCCCAGCCGGCACUGAACUCAGUCGAGACGCCCACAGAGGUGCCGGACAGCGAAGGAGAAGAAGAAGAAGAAGAAGAAGGGUGUGAUAGUGAAAUCACAGAGGACAAAGAGAACAUGAGCCCGACGAAGCAGUCCAGGAAACGCCGGGGCAAGGCGUCGGCGGCGCCUGACUUCCUUCCCAGCAAGAGGGCGAGGCUGGAGCCCGGGGAGGAGAGGUAUGCGGCCCCGAUGGGCAGCUGUCGCGCCGGGGCCGGGGACUCCCUGAGCGCUUUGUCUUUAAAUCGGGUAAUACCUGCCUUCUGAACAAAUGGAGCAAGAAAAUAGCCUCCAUUGAGACUUUGGAGUGAAGUGAUUCUGAACUCCUCGUUAAGGGCGGUUUGACCCCCCCCCACCCACAUUGCACACCAAGGAGCUGACCUACAUCAGCGGUCCCGGGACAGAGGGAUUACCGGGACCAUGGUGCAAGCUCUCCGGUCGAUCUGAAUGUGCCUGCCGGGCUGGCAAAGCCCCUUACAGAGAUCAUCAAGCAGAGAAGGAGAAGAGACUGAACCAGUCGUAAAGGAGUUACGGCCGGAAAGUUUGAGGAAGAAACUGAACGGGAACUGGUUGUGUUGCCUUUUGUUUCCCGGUGAUUCACCUUCAGUAAAAAAUGAGUCCAAACAAGUGACUGUCGCUGACUCAAAGUGUGUGUAUGUGUGAAUCAGCAGAGAGUGAUAUGAGUCAGUCAGAGAAGAAGUGCAGUGGUUGAGCAACACACCCACACAUGUACAGGACUACCAGGGAAUUUCCUGUCUGUAUAUACCGGGAUAUCAGACUCAACCACUGAAAGAGGAAGGACAGUUUGGGGCAGACUCAUACUGUCACACACACUUAACUGCUGCUGUGGACUUUGAAAAGUCAUACUACUGCUAUAGGGGACUGUCCUGUACACUUUGUUCACAUGGUGCUUUGAGAAAAAAAACAACAACCAGGCUGUCCACAUGGUGUUGGAAGCCCAGUAAUCUAAACUUUCUGUGUAUUUAUGUCACUGAAAUGUUCUUAUUCUUAUCAGCUCUGUGAAAAAAAAUUACCUCACAUUCCAAGCUGCUUUUUUGAUUGAAUUAAUGGUGUAAAUAUUUUGUAAUAAACACUUUGAAAGGUA